CAAAAAGAAUAUUAAAGUGCUUGGUUGCAUCUGCAAUUGUGCUCGAAGUUAUACUUGUGACUCUUAUCAUAACAUGGUAUGGGCUAAUAAGACAACGGCCAGUGAAAUCGAGGUUAUGUUUCAAUGAUGAGAGUCUUCAAUCAGCUGGGUGGAAAUCUGAAAUUCUUCAAAAUCUGACAUUGGCAUAUGACAAAGACACGACACAAAAUGAAAAUUGCUUUGAAGCAGUUGAUGUGUUAAACGCUUUUGUUCGCCAGCUGAUGGUAUUCCAUUAUGAUACUGAAAUGAAUCCAGAACCUCCUAUGUUUAACUUAACCGUCUUCAACAAGAUAAUAUCAACAACAUUACCUGCUGUAUUGCACCUCAAUGGAAUAAAGACUGUGGAAACAUCAGUUCCACAAGAAAAUCAAUCGAAUAUAUUUUGGAAAAUUUCCAUAAGGCAAGGAGAUGGACUCGACUAUUUUGAGGAAGAGGGAGUUAUUGAUAUACAGAAGUCAGGAUACUAUCAUGUCACUACACAUUUGACAGUCAUGAAAGAUAGCAAAACCAUUUCAGCCGAUGAUGAACUAGCUUCACAUCAGGUUAUCCGCAUCUCAGAUAAAACAGAUAAAGAAUCAGUUUUACUAGAAAACAUUAGCGCCCAAUGUCAUAUGGCUGUCAACCAAUAUGAACAAACAAGUUACAUGGCUGCAGCUUUUAAACUUGAGAAAAGCGAUAGGAUUUUUGUGACCUUCUCUCACCCGUACAAAAUUGUAUCUGGUAAUGGAGGACAUUAUUUCAGUAUUGUUGAGAUAUAAAUAUUUUGCCUUUGUUAUUAAUACAUAUCUCAAAGUAACUAUAUUGUAUAUACUAAUAGCAUGAUAACAUGAUCGAACUAUGCACAUUUUAAUUGAAUGUGUUUAAUUUAGUUAUCAUUAACGAAAACAGGAAAAACGGAUGAGGACAUGUCAAAUGCCUGUUAUAUUAACAGUCUUGUUACAUGGCUGCAGCUUUGAAAACAAAUGAAAAUAACGAUUGGACGGAAACAUUUUGAGACUAACAGUCAGGUUUAAUCAUUAAAGUUUUUACAGCAUUGCUUAUGUUGAUGACUGUUCCAAGGCGGCGACCUCUCUGUUUUUUAAGAUGUAUAUCAUGUGUAUUGCUACAUGCUUUUUGUAUUAACACUGUUUUUAUUUCUCCGUGUAUUUUUUCGUCCGCGUCCCAAAAUGUUUCAAAAGUUUGCCCGCCCUCUACUCCAUGUUCACAUAUCCUACACCGUUGUCAUUAAAUUGCCUCGCUCUUGUGUCCUCUCCUGUUUGGUUUUGU